GUCCAUAUUAUUCACGGAAACUCUUCACUUCAUGUGAUAUAUAGAUAAUACAUUUUACCUGUAGUUAACAAUCAGUUUUCGUAAUAAUCGGUUGUGUUUCAGUGCUCUAGAAGUAGCAAGUUGUCUACAUGGAUCCAUCAAGGUUCGAAGAUGGCGGCAUGGAGCAAUUCGACUUUAGCGAGCAAUCAAUACGAAAGGCAUUCAUACGAAAGGUAUACUCCAUACUUAUGUGUCAACUGCUGGUUACAAUGGGAUUCAUUGCUCUAUUCGUUUUCCACGAGCCAACAAAAGUGUUCGUGAGAAGCAAUCCUUAUCUAUUUUGGAUAGCGCUAGUAGUGACGUUUGUUUGCAUUAUAGCCAUGGCGUGCUGUGAAAACGUGCGAAGGACAACACCGAUGAAUUUUAUCUUCUUAUUCAUUUUCACACUGGCCCAGAGUUUCCUAUUGGGCGUCGCUUCUAGCACGUAUGAAGCUACCGAGGUAUUCAUAGCUGUGGGCAUAACAGCUGCAGUAUGUCUGGGACUUACGUUAUUUGCUUUCCAAACGAAAUGGGACUUUACCAUGAUGGGCGGAGCGCUCGUUGCCGCGUCUAUGGUACUUCUUAUGUUUGGUUUGAUAACAAUUUUCAUCCCUCGCAACGACAUAGUUCGCCUAGUGUACGCGUCCUUGGGAGUACUACUCUUCUCUAUGUAUCUAGUCUAUGAUACACAGCUAAUGAUGGGCGGGAAACACAAGUACAGCAUCUCACCAGAGGAAUAUAUUUUCGCAGCUCUCAAUCUUUACUUGGAUAUUGUGAACAUAUUCUUGUAUAUUUUAACUAUUAUGGGGGCAUCGAAAUAGUGAUUAGUUAUUGUUUUUUAUUAUUUACUCGUAUAAGUAGAUAAAAAUCAAGAUAGAAAAUGGUUGUAAAAAAAUAUACCGGCUGAAUUAAGAACCUCCUCCUUUUUUUGAAGUCGGUUAAAAAGACAGGCUUUUUUCAUUCUAAACGGAAAAAAUGUAGCUUUAAUCCGCUUUGGUUGUACUCAGUACUUACUUACCAAAAUGUCUUUGAUCAUCUUAUCUUUGAAUUAUGAAACACGAAUGAUUCAUUGUUAUGAAGAAUCUUAUCGAGUUUAUGAUCACUUGUCUUUUAAUCCAAAUAAAUAGUUAUCUAGACAUAUUGAUGUGUUAAAUUAAGUAUGAGUUACUUACUUGAAAUGAUAAAUAAAUAAAUUACAAAAUGUCAUACUAAUUUAUAAAAUAAAUACUACAAAUGUGUUCUUCUUAAUAUUGUAUUAGAUUCUAUAUUAGAUAUCUAGUAUGUAAAUAGCACACAAAGAAAUGUUACUUACCACAGCUCUAAUGUAAUGAAAAUAUCAUAGCAAAUAAGUAUACAAACCAAAGUUCUUUGAUAUGUGCGUAAUGAUAGGGUAAUUUGUUAUCUAAUUUUACAUAAAUGGGGUUCGUUACAACGCUGCAAUUUACGUAUGCUUCUUGCUGAAUUGCUCUCUACUAUAUAUGAAUUUAUGAGGGUAUGUGCGAAAACCGAGAGCAAAAUUUCAUCCCCCAAUUUUUUUUUAAAACGUAUCAAUAUUGCAUCCAAAUCGGUGCUGCCGUUUAUCCUAACAUAAUAAACAGAGAGAUAGAUUUUUGCAUUUAUAAUUAUUACUGAGAGAAUUUUUUGAUUGUGUUACGGAGCAUUUUGCAUCAAACGAUACACAGACACAGAGCUAGAGGUAGAGCAAGAGCAUUCUUUCGUUAUCUUAUAAUCUUUUAGUGCAAACGAAAACUCGUAUUCAGUGUUGUUCAGUAUUAGAAGUUAGAACGUUGCAUUGCAUUAUAUUCACGCAAUAAGAACAACGAAAGAAUGCUCUACGCCUGUUUACACUAAAAGAAUUUCACAUAGCAGGGUUAGAAUGAGCAUUCGCUCGUUUGAUUUAAAUGCA